UCGUUGCGGCGUGCGGCGCUACGUGCUCUCUAAACAUUGUCAGACCCUAUCGGUCCGGGGUCGGUCGCGUGUAACAGUCAUUGCGGGUGGUCAGGAAAGUGGCCGUCGGUGUUGCCACUCUCGUCUGUCACGGUUUCGACUGCGGUCGAGGUGCUGAAGUCAGAAUUUGAUUACGGUUCUGGAUCGUGAAUCGAUUCGCCUUCGUCCUAAUGGAGUGUCUGUUCUAGCGUAUUGACAUGGGUACGUUCAGUAUUUCGGCAUCCAGAUGCGUGGUACGAUUUUUGAUUAAAGGUUCUGCUGAUAAAUCAUUACUGGAACCCUGGUGAUUUGCCCCCGAAUGGGAACGGUUAUGUAAAAGCUCUGCGUAGGCUUUUCAUCUGCCCCCACGAAGGGCGUUAACAGCGUCGAUUGUGAAGCAAGAAGAGCGAAGAUUCGAACCGUUCAAAGUCCAAUUUAAUUAAAACUGCACGGCACGGAAAAGUUUGUGUGCUCUGCUGCGGCCACACUGGCAGGCGAAAUUUGUUCAGCGGUUCGGUUCGUGCUUACUAGAGGUGGAAUAUCGAAAAGACGAGAAUUUUCAAUUGUGAAGUAAAAGUUACUACAAAGGUAAACUUGCCACGACGGCGUACCGCCGCUCGAAGCGGCAUUGGAAACAAGCUGCACCUACAUGGGAUAGCAUAAUGAUAACGUGCAAGAUCCGGGUAAACUUUAGUGGGUAGGCGGUCGUAGUUUUCACAAGAAGAGAGACCGUUUCCCAGUUUUGGUGUUUGUGAGUGCGCUAGUUAGUGGUUCGUAAACAGAAGAAAAAUAAUACCAACCAGAACAGUUCCCUAACAGUGGGAACAAGAAGGGAUAGUUUGGGUGAAUAAGAAAAUAUUAGUUAGCCAAAAAGCGAGGCGACGCAGUGAUCCUAUUCUGGAAGGGAUUUUAAAGUUAGAUUGGCAUUAUAUCGACAUUAUAUCGGCUCCGGUGGAUUAUAACCGGUGGAGUUGCUGCUGGCUGGAAUAGUCCCCUAGCUUUGCUGGCUCCGCAUGGCCACAGCCUGCCGAAACCAGGAGGUGUGAAAUAAAACAAAAGACUAACAGGAGGAAGUUACGAAAACUCCGGACCGCAGCGGCAGAAGUACCUCGGGGAACUAGCGGCGCUCUCCCGGAGGCUUUCAGAAAGCAAACAUUUUAGCGCUUGUUGAAAGUUUUCCUGCCCGUCUCCGGUGCUAUCGCAUUUCAACCAACCUGUGAUGGAAGAAAAACAUUCCGGGAAAUAAGGAGAAUAGAUUGUUUUGUGCACGCGCGCUUUCCUCAGGCAGAGUGGGAGAAACAAAACAUACUUCGUCUCGAAGAUAAAUGGCGUGCAAAAGAUAAACGAUGGGCGAAAACUUUUUUCGAUGACAGGAUUAGAGGCAAGUUUUUACCUAAAUUCACUCCUAGCAACUAUACCGGUGGUGAAGAUGAUGAUGAUGAUGAUGAUGAUGAUGACGAUCACGGUGCGGAGAAACAUUCCGGUUUCGGUGUUCAGCCGACCACGCCCUAGUGAUCUGCCACAUUUGAGUUAAUUCACUUCUCUCAAUCAGAGACAAAGCCAACGCUGUAAAAAAAAUAACAGGACGUUCUCGUGUGUGGGCUAACUCUUACAUGUGCCACCUAUCUGAAGAACGUGGCUGCAAUUCUGAAAUUUUUCCCGACUCUAAGCCGUGCAAUCAAAACAGAAUUUUUCCCAACCAGAGGCAAAGCGAGGUUUGCCGGAAAAGUUUCCAUGACCUCUGCUCCCUCCCCUGGAAGUUACUCGUCGCGGCAUAGUCAUCUGUAACGGAUGUUCCACCGAUGGGAAACAGUAACGGGCAAGGUUGAGAACGAACAACCGUAACGAAAAAAAAGUUAUCGCUCUUGUUUUUGCUUGCCUACACGACGACAGCCGCCGACAGAGGAAAAACUUGUGCGAAUGUGCGUAUUUGCCACUUCCUAAAACUCGUAGGCGAAAAUUGUUUCCCUCCCCCCCUACCACCAAACAAUUGGUCAUCUCGCGCUGUUGGCAGCAGAGUCUAGGAGCAUGUGUGCAUGAUUCGGGACUAGCGCCAAGUUUGAAGAUCAAAAGAAAAAGUGACAGAAAGUGAAGCUGUUAACAUUGUUUUUUUUUUUUGUUCCAUGCUGGCCCGGCUGCUGCUGGUUCAGUGGUAUGUAUGGUGUGCUGUCGGAAAGAUAAAUAUCAAUUGCCAGGGGUGAAAAAGCGAGAAAACGACCGAGCAUUAAGACACUACAUACUCGCAUCGCAUCUGCCGAGUAAAAGAGGAAGAAACAUUUUUCCUUUCCUAAUAAGUGUGUCCGGGAGUGUAUCAUUUGGGGCCAGAGCAAGUGGGCGUGUGUAAGUGAAAAGUUUCGUUCGGGGAUGUCCCGGUGGAUCCGAAUGCCGUCUCCCGGCAGAAUGCCUUGUAGCAGCUUAUGGAUUGCCCUGGCACUGCUGGUGCUGCUGUUGAGUGCAGAGCUCACGUGUGGCAGCAAUAGGGUAGAGGACUACCAAAUUCAAAAAGGUGAACUGGCGGGUUCCUCGCGUAAAUUCCGCACCGACUUUCUUCAGGAGUGGCCGACGCCAGGGACGGGGCCUUACUUCGACACCGCUUCGAUUCCAUCCAACAUCACCGGUCUGGUGGGCAAAACUGUACUGCUAAUCUGCAAGGUGAAAAACCUUGGCAACCGGACGGUGUCCUGGGUUCGGCAUCGGGACAUUCAUCUGCUGACGGUGGGCCGGUACACGUACACCUCCGACCAGCGCUUCGAAGCGAUGCAUUCACCUCACACCGAAGAGUGGACCCUGAGGAUACGAUACGCCCAGCGGAAGGACUCAGGUAUCUACGAGUGUCAGAUAUCGACAACACCUCCGAUUGGACAUUUUGUCUACCUGACGGUAGUAGAACCAGUGACAGAGAUUAACGGUGGGCCUGAUUUAUUUAUCAAUCGUGGCUCGACAAUAAAUCUCACCUGUAUCGUCAAGUACGCUCCCGAGCCGCCACCGGCUGUCAUCUGGAAGCACAAUCGGGAUGACAUCAACUUCGAUUCGCCUCGAGGUGGAAUUUCACUGGUCACCGAGAAGGGUGUGCUAACAUCCAGUCGGUUGCUAGUGCAGAAAGCGAUACCAAGCGAUUCCGGGCUGUACACGUGCGAGCCCUCCAAUGCCAAUCCAGCGUCGGUCCGGGUGCACAUUCUGAAUGGAGAACACCCAGCGGCGAUGCAUCACGGCAUGUCGACCAUCCUGGCGGGACCCAGCUUGGUGGUAUUUGUGCUCUCCUGUGUACUACUCUACUACCACCACAGCAUCCGGUGGAAGCACCCACUGACGUAGUAAUCUAUCUAUAGGCACCAUAAAAUCUCCUACUACUGUACUUUCACUGUCAUACUUUUGUACAGCCACCAACUGAAACAGCAGAAAAAAUAGAAGCAAAAAUUUUCGAAGAAGAGUCGAUUUUCAUCCAAUUACCGAUUAUACUACGACAUCCCUAAAAAUAGGUAACGAAACGAAGAAAAAAAUGCAGCCCAUUUUAGUCCUCUCUCUGGAACGAGGAAACUGUUGAGCAUCCGUUUAGAUGUGUCAAAAAUCUUAGGAAAUAGGAUAAAUAUUUAAGCAAAGUUUUUAUAUACAUACGUGCGUGUGGAAAUGAUAGUAAGCGUGCAUUAAAUGCUGCCUAAAGCAGCCGCAAAAAUUCAUAGCGCCAUGUGGGUGUUUGGGUGUGUGUGAUGUGCCCCAGAGACCGAGAUCAAAGCCGAAACGAGUGCAAAUGAGCAAAUGUUUGCCGAUAAUUUGUUUUCCAUUUCAAUAAAGUGUAAAAUCGAAUUAAAAAUACUAAACAAAAGAUGUCCACGAACAAAGGAUGGUUACUCAUUAAAACGAUCAAUUACAUGCAAUUAAUUGAAAGCAGAGAAACAGUCGGACCCGGUGUGGUCGUGUUGUUGAUGCUGUGAAUGUACAUGUGUGCGUGAGAGUGUGACAAGCGAGGUACAUAGAUUGGAUGUGCGUGACUUUUAAUUUAAUUUGCGAUCCCAGAGUGACGUGUUUGCGGAAAAGAGGGUGUGAUAAUCCCACCGUUCGCACGCGAGACACACGCUGUCAAAUGUCAUCACACGUCAUCGCGCCAGACAUACUUAGAAUAAUUUGCUGUCUAUCCUGUUUUGCAGUACCCUUGAGCAUUCCCAGUAUACUGCUUGUUAACAUCAUCGGGAAAACACAUCGUAUAAGUUCCAUACAGAAUGAUUGCAGUUUUAAUCAAUCGUUGAAACAUGAGUGCGUCUGUCUGUUCGGCACCAGGAGCCGUUAAACGGUGUAUAUCAUAUAUGCACAAUUAAAUCAGAGAGAUGUGUUGGUGCUGGUGUUAGAAUCAAUUCGUUUGAUAAUUACAAUUUGUAUUUUAUUAUGUUUGCGAAUUAUCGAGCCAGGAUUGUUACAUUUUUUUUUUCAUGUAUCUGCUUUUAUAUAUACUGAUUGAAACGUAAUUUGAUUUCGAUGAAAAUAGCUUUCCCAGCGGUAAUAUGUCAGAAUCAUGCGAACUGCAUCGGUGCGGAUGGAUUAAUAAAUAACUAUGGAUUACUAAAUAACUAUAUUUUUAUUUUGCGAUUAGUUUACACAAUAGCUAUUUAGUAACAAUAUUUAAAGCACUUUGAACGUGCAAGUUUAGAUAUGAUUAGAGGUGCCACCUAUUCCUAUUAUUAUUUAGUUAUGAAAAUUUGUGAUCAUUUGAAUAGGUAACAUGUUUAAAAGGUGAAAGCUUAUGCUCUAUUUUCUGUUUCCAUAAUUUCUCCCUCGUGUCAAAAAAUACUUUAUCAUAUUAAAACUUCUGGAAUUUUAACUAGGUUUUAUGCUUGUAAAAAUAUGCCUGUGAGACUGAAAAUUUUCUGUGUAGACUUUAUCCCUGCGAACAGAAAUGUUAAUCUAUUGUAAUAUUAUUGCGACAGUGUUUGCUGUAUUCCACACUUCUAUAUUAAUAAGCGACAUAAACACAUCAUCGGUCAAAUAUUUGGUCACACAAGAAUGUGUGUAUCUUUGCCAAGUUCAAUAUGUACAGAAUAAAGGAAAAAUAUUGCCUCUAGUUCAAUGCGACGCGAGUUGCCAGGCCUUUCUCUAGACUCUUACUAUCAAGUCUUGUACAGCCUUUUUGGUCACUUUGUUCCGUAGAAUACCAGGUAACCUUGAACUAGAACUGCAUCUCGUUGACAACUUUCUUUCGUAUCAUUUUUAAGUUCCGCUUGACGAUAGCCCAGUAUUUUUAUUAUAGGGUGGAGCUCUGGAGUGUUGCGAGGGUCCAUGUCCGUUGGUGCCACUUUGUUCACGGCAUACCACUCCAUGGCCUUUUUUCCGUAAUGGCGAGAUUCCAAAUCCGGCCAAUACAGAACGGAACAACUAAGGUGGGGGCCUAUCUUGGUUGGUAACGUCUCCGUUAACCACGCUCGACGCCUGGGUUUGAAUCCCAACGCAGACAUAGGUGUCGAUAGUUAUGAGGCGGUGCGAUCAACUCACAACUAACCUAACUGGUCUAGAUUCAACCUAGCCGACACCGAAAGAUUUUCUUAGGCGAAAAUUCUCUGGGAUCACGCCAUCCAUCGCAUAAGGAAGUAAAGCCGUUGACGCCGGUCCGUUAAUCAACGGAUCGUAAGUUAGGGCUCUGGGUCGAUUCGCCACCCCGGGCGUCGGUGAUUGGCACAACAACAGUGACGGAACUAGACUGACGGAAAAUAAGCGAGAAUAAAAAAAAAGAACGGAACAACUGUGUUGCUUGAGAAAAGGUAACAGACGUUUUCUAAGGCAAUCCUGCACAUAAAUCUCCUGGUUGACGGAAUCUUUUGCGAAGAAAAUGUUACUCUUCAAACCACAGGGACAGAUGGCCUGCCAUUACGAUUAUUUUGAAAACUUCGACAAUUUAAUGAGCUUGAAACUUUCUGUCACCUUUCGUUUUCCAGUUGCCGUAUAAUAUUUCUGUCCAGGGAGCUGUUUAAAGUUUAUCUUGACGUAAGUUUCAUCAUCCUGUAAGGUAAGGGCCCCACAUAUCGCCCUGACCCCACAAUUCGCCCACCCACUAAUCAACCAAUAGUAUACGGGGUUGGUUAUUGAAUAUGCCAAAUAAUAUUUUAUUUUCAAUCUCAGCUAUUAUUUUUUUAUGUUUGAACACGAUUCUAAGAGUUGACACUAUAUUGCGAACAAUAAAAAAUAGGUGGGCGAAUUUUGGGUACACGGAUGAAAUGGGCGAAUUCUAGAGUCGUUACCCUACCACGCAAUAAAACUUCAUCAGCAACUUCACGUACAGCUUUCGCGAUCUUCGUCUGACCGACUUGUUUUGCUUAUCGUCACCAUUUGGAGUCACCAUCUUUUCGUCAAUCGACAGUUCGUUUUUAAGCUAGAGUCACAGUUGUAGACGAUACUCCAAGCUUACUUGGAACAUCCUGGACAGAAACGUUGGGAUUCCGCUUGAAACUGAUGGUCACUCUUUUCGUCGUUUUUGCGGUCUUCGGAUUUUGAUUUCUCUCUGAUCCUGUUUUCCAAGCACUUUAAUUACGGUGGUUUCGGUUAAUUUGGUCACAUUCAACAUUUUUGUCAACAUGGCGUGCGAGUAGUUCGGGUUUUCGCGAUGCGCGAGCAUAAUUUUAAUACGUUGCUUCUCUUGCUUCGACGCCAUUUUCACAACUGAAGAACAAAUGUCAAAAUUCAAUAUAAGGCAUCAUCUCUAAAAUGAGGGGUGCUCGGUUUUUUUUUGUUUUUUUUUUUUCAAAUACGAUAAAAAUAAUACGACAAAUUGAAGUUGAUGAAUACUUGACCGUAAUACCCUUCACUUUAUAGUGAAAAAAGUGGAUUUAAAAUUCACCGCGCACUGGAGAAGGCUUGAUCGCUGCGUGAAGCAAUUUUUUGUACCACACUUCUUUCUUCUACUUUAUUCUAUGCUUCUGCCGCUCGCAGAAAAAAUAAGUCACUUGCUACUUACACUACAACUGUGUGCAAUUUCGACCACCAAGAAACCAGCCAUGCUGGGGUUGAUUCUCUUUUGGACUGCGGAACGCACGUCUUACCUUUACUUCUGUCAGGAUGCGAAAGAGGAAGAGACCACGCGGUGCGAGAUUGGAUCGGACGAUGCAGGGUUGAGUAAAAGCUGAAAACGAGCGAAAUGCUAGUGGCAGGGCUGUGUCACAUAGCCAAGGUUAAUAUAUUAUAAAACCAACUACUCACUCAGUGUGCAAAAAACGUUUGAUAUAAAGAAGGAUUGCAUUUCCCAUCCACGCAACUGAACGAAAUAAGAGUAGGUCCAAUGAGAGUACACAGAAGUACACCGCAGUGCGCAGGUAAUACAUCAGAGACAACUUGGGUUUUCUCGUAAAAGAAUGUGAUGCGGAGUGGCAUCCAGAUUUUUUUCCAGUUUCGAGAUCCAAAGCAAACACAAUCUACUUUCCUACCCACAUACCUCCGUUUUUGAGAUAUUUUGAACUCAAGUUUGGAAAUUUCCAGUUGCCUAUGCUAUCCUGGUUUUUUUGUAUGUUAUUUGUGGUUUUCUAGGCGAAAACUGGAAUUUUUUGAAAAGUACGGUCAAUAUACCAUAACUUAUUUUACGACAGUAAGAAGCUUGCAUAAAUAAUUUUAGAAUAAUUUUCGUCGUUUGAAUUAUUCAACUCAUAAUCCCCGUGAAUGUGACUAACUUCUAACUUCUGAAUUGUUCAUCCAUUCUCUUUGUGCAGGCGAACUGCGUGGAAAUUGGGGCAAAAACCAUACAAACAUUGAUAUUUGAAAUCGCCGUCUACUGCGCUGCUUGCUGCUGGUCGUUCCAGUUUUCAGUAAAUCAUCCUCUUGCUACAGUGAUCGGGUAGCAAUGAAGAUUAAAUUUCUGCAUGCUAGCUUUUACACGUAACUACUGAGAGUUAUACUUCCGGUAAGCAGACUUGUUAUUCUCUUGAACAUUCGGAAAGAGCAGAAUGAAUAUUCACCGCUCAUUUAUUCUACAGCAUGAGCGCUGCGUAUUGCAAUUGUUUGCACCACACUCCUUUCUUCUUCUUUGUCUAGGAUUCUGUCGCUCACAGGAAAAUUAACCCGUUAUCGGUCGUAAGGAUUUAUGCACAGAAUCAACCAAACAAAAUAGAACUCAUAUACACUUAUUGUUUAAAGUAAAUAGUCGUAAAAAUUCAAAAUAGUGUGGCUAACUAACCAUUUCUGUCAAAAACGUUGGUGGCAAUAAAAUAAAACGAUCAUGGUUGUAAAAAUUGGUGGCAAUAUAGUUAGCACUAACCGAUAAGAGGUUAACACACAACUGGUUGAAACACGAGUGGUGAACCACUCUAGUGAGAAUACACACACAGCACUGCUUAGAUAAAAUCGAUAACAUACGUCACCUAAUUUCCUACCUAGAUGCUCCCUUCAUUUGAUAUAUUCUUAAGAGACACACAGUAAAAGAAGUGCAGUAAGUUCUGUUGUGUAGUUAUUGUGCGUAAUGUCUUUUCGUGUGAGAAAGCUUACACCUCUUUAGUAUCUGUUUGAAGAAAUAUUUUAAAUUUCUCAGCGAUGUUUUUUUGCGAUUCGCUGGUUUCUUCAACCAAGUGCGUGAGAGCCAGAGUUGCCAAUGUUCCAAUUAAACUGGAUUCUUCCAUUUUUUUUCAAGUGAUCCAGUCAAAAGUUUAAUCCCAAAAUUAUACAGUUUUCUAUAUAUGUUUCAGUUUAAACCAGAUUAUUUAUUCACUCAAGCUACGAUUGAUAUUUGAAUAUAUUUUUAAAGAUUUUUUAGAUUGAUAUAUUUUUUUUAACAUUUUUUUAUUCCUCACAGUAUUUUCAGUAUUUUAUCCUCUCGCACGAAAUACGGCCAAGUUAAGUACUGCAUGGCAUGGUUGAGAUAAAAACAAAAAAUAGGUCUUACCAGAUCAUGAAAAAAAUCUUCCGUUUGUUUCCUGCUGCGUAGCAAUUUAAGAAAAAACUUUCCCCUGUAGAAGACUGAACCACUGCGACCAUUUUUUGAUCUAUUGUGGUAUCAAAAAUUAAUUAGUUUUUUAAGAGAUUGCUAGAAACAACUGAAAUUUUAACUUCACUGAUGUUACGUAAGAAAAUUUUGCAGCAGUACUUUUGUUAAAAGAUAAUGUAAAUGAAAAAACUUUAUUUUUCUAAAUUUGAGAUAGAUUGAAUGGGUAAUUUUUUGGGGAAUUUUCCAGUCCAUAAUUUUAACAAAUUGUAAGCUCGAAACGAAACAGUUUAAAUUAAAAUGAGUAAUUGUUUACGAAGUGAUAUCUCUUUUUUUGCUUUAUUUUAAACUUAACUGAACAAUUAAUUUGUUUGUAAUUUUUUAAAAAACUUUCGAAUCCAGUUUUUUCCAGUUUAUUUUCAGAAUUCUUCCAGUUCAAUCAAAAAUUUGAUUAGCAUCUCUGUUGAGAGCAGUUGUUUUCUCAUUAGAAGAUAUUCUCCUACACGCUAGUGGUUCUCUGAGAAGAAACGACAAGCCUGCCGGUGAACGUAUCGUUGUGCACUCGAGCUAGUAAAACAACAACAAAUCGUUUACAAAAUCAAAUGGUUUAUAUGAAGGGAUUUGCAAUAAAAACGCUACAAAAGUAGAACGGGGAUAGCGACAGCCAACGACGCCAUAUUUUUUCUCGUUCUUGUGACAUUUCAUAAUUGAAAGAUAGACGAUCCAACAACGAAUCGAGAUUAUUAAAAUUUACUACCAAAAUUCUGAGUCGGCGCUACGUCCAAUCAUGCUUGUCUUUUCUCCUCAGAAAACCUCUACAGUGCAGGAGAACAUCUUCCACUGCGGAAACAACUGCUGUCACACUAAAGAACAAAUCACGGCUCAUGCUAGAAGAGAGCGACAAACGAUUUUCAUCUGUUGAGCUACCUGAACGCACUGCGGUGAAAUCUGAAAGCUCUCUCUUGCGAGACAAUGAACUAUGGUGUACUUUCUCACACGUGUGGACAUCACACACAAUAAUUACACUGCAGAGCUAUCUGCGGUGCGUUUCACAGUUGGUUUCUUGAGCAUGGCAGAAGAGGAAAAGAGAUUGGGAGAAAAAAAAGACUGCGUUGCUCGUGCCGCUCGUGUCGGUCGAAUUUACUCUGGUGGAAUUCGUUUUCGCAGUGUAGCUACACGAGGACUACAUUUUUGCCCGGAGGGUUUUAUUUCACCUUCCGGACUACUCGCCAGUGGACACUGUUGUGUACUUCUGCGUUUUCUCUGUAGAGUGAUUCACCCCUCUUGUUUCUAUCAGAUGUGGGGUGAGCUGGAGGUGCGCUGGUCUCUCUGUACUCUGGUUGAGACACUUUGGAGUGGAGAUAGAAACAGUGUGAUGAAAGCAUUUGCUACACGCAGGCACAUACUGGCAGGGAAGUGCGCGGUGAAUUUUUUCUCCUCUCCUUUCACAUACUGGGGAGAAUGACAAGCACGCGUCCAAUUAAUGAUCGUUAUAAUCGUCCUGCAAUAUCAACAACCAAGCAUCCAGAGGAAAAAUAUAAAUCCACAGCCACAGUACUGUCCCGACUUAAAUAUAAGCGCUCAACUCCUGACAGAAUUGUCCAUGAUUGCUAGAUUUUCAAUUUGCGCCCCCAACUUCCAUAUCGACUUAGACGUCGUACACAAAUUACAUAACACUAAAAAUCUAGAUUUAAGACCCUCUCUCCGCCCUAUGUAACGAUAAUUACCGUUCGAUUUUACUCCCCUAACCCCUCUCCAAAUUUUCAAUUUCGGACAAACAUCAUAGAUACGUAACUGUCUCUACUACCCUCCCCUCCCCCCUUGUAACAAUAAGUAACACAGACACAACCCCUCUCAACCCCCCCCCCCCCUUCAUGCGUUACGUAAUUCGUUACGACGCCUUAUACCUACAUCAAAUAUAUUUAUCUAGAAAUCAUUCAAAAUAUUGUCCAUUACUAGCCACAACUUUGUCCUAUCUUUCUGCCAGAGCUCGAACAUCUUUACAAUGAAAGUGUUCGUAUCUUAGGACCAUGUCCCAUCGAACAAAACAUGUAAUAAUCGGACGACGCAAUAUUUGGGAAAUAUUACGUGUGCGGUAGGACUUUCCAUUUGAGCGUUUCUAUGUAAGUUUUAACGACUUUGAGAAUAUGAGCCUGAGCGUUGUCAUGCAGUAGAAUCACUUUUUCAUGCCUCUGCUCGUAUUUUGACCGUUUUUUGCACAUUAUUCCGUUUAAUCGCAUCACCUGAAGUCAAUUUCAAUUCCCAAUGAUGGUUUCUUUCAGUUUCAACAGUUCAUAAUGAAUAACACUGACCUUGUUCGCACCACAUACCCGUACACGCAUAACUUUCGCAGUGUGUAUAUUCGGCCGAACAUCGUCAGUUUCUUUGAGCUGCUGUAAUGGAUCAAUACUUCAUCACCCGUCACGAUGCCACGAAAUGGCUCGACAGGUAACUUUCAAUACCGAAACAUGCUGUUUCUGCGUUUGCAAGUCUCUUGUCAAGCAAUACCUCCAAUUCAGCGUCUUCGGAGAUUUUUGGCCUUUUUACGUCGAAAUUAUCGUCUUUAAAGCGACGAAAACAAUAACGACGGGUCUACUAAGAGCAGCAUUUUUAUAAAAACUCUCGCUGCGCUUUAGUCGCCAUUUUCUUUGAAUGAAAUGAGAAAAUUAACACUUCCCGCAGAUGACGAUUUUGUGGCACAAAAUCAGACAUUUUUAACAACUAAGUAUGUAUAUAAUGCCAUAAAAAACCACUAACUUAUCUAAGCCACAGAUAACAGAUAUCCAAGCUAGAACAAAAAACUCCAGGAAUCGUGUGUAAGAUUUCCAAUUCUUACUCGUUUGGAUUGCUAACGACAUCUUUCUACAACUUGCGACUUUAAACACUUCGGUGAUGGCAGCGCUGAAUUACGGUCAGAGUCGCUGUUUUUGCAACGAUAUAACACCGUUUUUUGAGGUUUGUGUUUUUUCUCAUGUCAACACAAAAACAAACAAAUUUAUCGCUAAUAUAAACUGGUAUUGAAUAAAAAACGUCAACCGUUCUUAUUGCAAUAAUUUUAUCGAUUAUAAUAAUUACUAUCGAUUUUAUCGAAUCAUUGACCACUAAGUGUUCUUAGCGCCACCAUACUGCAUAUUGCGACAGGCUAAAAAACCGUUGCGUCUUUUAACACAUGAAGCAAAAUUAGCUUGGAUGUCUGUUAUCUGUGUCUAAGCGGUCCAAUCAACCAGCCCACAUUGUUUCCAAAACUGUAAAAACGUGAUCGAAGUUAUUUUGACCCAAAAAACUUGAUGUUAGAGCCACAUUAUCUUCAGUAAAGUUGUUCCAUCAAUUAUUCUCCAUAUUAUGGAAGUUACAUUUUUGUUAUCAAUCCACUUAACAGUGAAAACCGAAAUUUACUUUUUUCAGUUUUGCAUAUAAAAAUUCAUCGUGUUGGGCAAAGUUGCAGCACAUUUCUUAAGAAACAACUUUGUCAAAGACAUCAUACUUAUAUCUGUCUAUUUAAAUGGACUUAUGUGGAGUUUUCUACAGAAUGCUACUAAAAAUCAGUUUGUUCAAUAUAACUUUAAGUAGUGAUUUUCUACAAUUUUUCAAUGUUCUAUAAUAUUGUUUGCUGUAACAAAACAAACAAUUUCUGCGAAGAAAGUCUAUUUUUUUAGCAUGUAUACCUGGUACAAGGCGUGAUUCAUGCGUCUUCGCCACACUCCAUCUUCAAGUUUACCGCCAAGUAUCGAUCGCAGAACUUUACGCUCAAAAACUCCGAGCACUCGUCGAUCAGCUUCCUUCAGCGUCCAUGCUUCAUAUCCGUACCGGGAGUAUCAGCGUCCUAUACAGCGCUAGUUUUGUGCGAGUUUGCAAACUACGGGACCUUAGCUGGUUAUGUAGUCCGUAGAAGGCCCUGUUUGCAGCUGCAGCUCUUCGUUUCUCUUCACGGCACAUGUCACAUGUCCGCUUGUGACAUGACCAAGAUAAACCAAGAUGGUGUUAAGCAACAAUAGCCAGAGCCUACUAUCGCAAAAAUAAAAUUUGUAACUUUUUUGUUUCUGCAUAAAACUUAAAGUCUUGAACAACGUUGUAGAUAAUUUCAUUACAAACAACUUUGCUAACGAAACUGUGUCUCUAUGUACUGCAGAUUUAAAAAAACUUAAGUUGCGUAUGACAAUGUCCAUUAAUUUGUUUUUUUGUGCUUCUAACAUUUUUGUUUGAUUUUUUUUUUUCAAAAUACAAGAGAUCUAGAUACAUAGAAUACAAGAGAAUCUAGAGAACUUUGCGCUAUAUCAUGUUUUAAAAAUUUUAUGAAGACACUAUGCUUAGAUUCCUUUUGGUUCAGAAGAUAUAAGCAUUUUUAACAAUAAUUUACCCCAAUUUCAACUGCAGAUUAGAGAAAAACGGGGACGCCCAGACCGCCAUUUUAAAGCUUCAAGUUAGUACUACAAAAUGGUGGAAGAGUUACUCGUCCGACUCGUCACAGUUUGGAUAACAAGCUUUAAACAUUUUUGUAGUUUGGCACAUUUUACCUUCAGCAUAACGAGAUAUCAUCAUAGUAAUACAGACGAUUUGUGUGUGCAUGUCGUGGCUAUUGUUGCAUAAAUCAUAAUGUGAGCAAUUUUAAUACAAAAAAUUGCUUCGAAGACGCUAUAGUCCAAAAUUAAAGCACUUAGACAUUACAGAAUUAUUCAAACCACUGUGCAGUUCCUUCAAUUUAUCGAUAGUACCGCGAGUAGAAUGAGCAGAAGCGUUGUCUUAGUGAAAGAACCCUUUUUUUACCAUGGCUGUUUUACCAAUCGAUCCAAUAAUGUACAAUAAAACUAUUAAUUGCUUUUCAUAUCAUGUCCAAAAUAAUCGAUGAAUUUUAUGCCCUACGAAUUCCCAAAAAUACCAACACAUUACCGACUGAUUGUUAUACUUUUGGGCGCUUCGCACAAGUCUCUCUAAGAAAACAGUCACUCUGCUGACUGUCGAUUGGAUUUAGGAGGGUAGUGCUGGAUCCAUGUUUCUUCUGUGGCGAUCAAAAACGCUUGUUAAAGGCUUGUCGAAAGUUUUAACUAGACAAUCCUUUAUUUUAUUCGCUGGUUAUACAGUCCGCGUUCGCGUUAAAAAAAGGUUUUUAUUCUUCUGUUUCAGCUAACUUUUUUCUCGGUUCAGUGUUUCCAGUGAUACCAUACAUCCGUUAUCAUGAAUCGCCGCAUUUUUUUCCUAUUGCGCGUAAUCAAUACCAGAUUCGCCGCCAAAACUUUUAAACUUUUUGACCAACUGUUAAGACGCGCGAUAACCAUCGCACGCACAGCUUCUUUAUGAUGAAAACAAAUAUUCAAGUAGUGCAAAGCUUGUUGAGAGCUUUAUAUUUGUUCUUGACGAUGCAGAAGUCAAAAAGCAUCAUCAUAUUUUUUAUUCUAUUUGAUGAUAAAAUUUUGAAGCUAGUCUGUGACUCUAUCUUAAUGAUUUCUCAAGCAACUUACUUUAUAUAGAUUGAAAAUUUAUCGUUCAAAUUGAUUCCAUAACCAGAAACCAACCCAAAACAAAACAUCGAUUCGUGGCAUCAGUUUCAAUGCAAUAGAGAGAUAAAUUUUGUAAAAAAUAGUUGUAAUACUUACUGAAGAUAAAGUUUCCAGUGAAUGCAUGUGAACUCAACAGUAGAGAAAAUCUGACAACAAAACAUACAACAACAACAAAAGUUGACGAACGAUGGCUGCUGCAGAAUCAACCACUACCUUAGGUUUGAAAACAAAACGGAUAUAAUUUCGAAAGAAAGCAGAUUACAACAUACAUUCACAAGUGAGGCUUAUGAAAUAUAACUAUUAAAAAAAAACUACAAAAAAAAACAAAAACCAUUUCCACAUGCACAGUAAAUGUAGGGAAAACCAUCUACCCAGCAAAUGUCAGCCAUUUAAAUCAGAGUGCAAUAGUAACUACUUCUCUGUCAGCGUCACCGGACGCGAUCUGUCGAAAAUCCGUAGAAACCGAACAAAGAAGAGAAUGAUAAGCCGAUUUAACUCUUGAACUUGUUGUUAACAUAUCAACCGAUCAACUCGGGUGCAUGUAUCUGAGCGUGUAUGUAGAUGAGCCGGUAUGAACGAAUUAAACUACCGAAUAAGCUACAAUAUUAUAGGUGGGAAAUUGGGUUUCACCUCGAACGGUGGAAAACGGAUUGUUUGAUUUUUCUGAAAAUCCCAUUUUAUGCAUGUUUAAAAUAUUUUUUCCAUGCUUUUGGUUAACAUUUAAACCAUCAAUUGCCCGGAUAAUCUAAUUUCGCAGAACAACGACCAGAACCAAAAAUUAAGCGCCCAUCAGGAGGGACUCGGUUCGAUGAUUAUAAAUUGUAGAUAAAUACCACAGAAAAAAAACACCCAUUUGAAAUUGUAAAGAUUCACAACCUGCAAACUGAAUGAAAGGAAAAGCAUGUCAAACGUUGCGUUGUUGAAUUGAACCAAAUUUUAUGAAUCCGUUUUUUUUUCUCGCAAAACAUGAAAUUACUGUUAAAACAGAUAGAUAAAGUAUGAGUGGUGAGGAUGUGUACAAACGGAACAAAACUAGAGCAAAAAUUUUACAGUAUAACGAAGCGAACUAGCGAUCAUUCAUUCCAUGUAAGAUGUACCUAGCCAAGGGAGCUAGGUUUGAGGAUGAGGGUAACACUCAAGUGCACAGCACAGAUAGGGAAAUACGAAAAGUUAGCGACCGGUCGAACAGGUAUAAAUCUGGAAGUUGACGACAUUAAACGGUACGCUGCUUUAGCGAGAGAAGCAAAUGUUGAGUGAACUUGCCAUGUUGUCAGCUUCAAGUUACAACUAACUUUGUAUUUAAAAAGUGUAAACAAAUUGAAUAAAAAACUGAGAAAAAUUCUAA